AUUUGGCGGGAAUACGACACAGAUGGCAGUGGAUUUAUUGAAGCGGACGAGUUAAAGAAUUUUCUGAAAGACUUGUUGAAAGAGGCCAAAAAAGAAGGAUACAACCCAAUAGAUGAAGACAAACUGAUAGAGUAUACAGACACUCUGCUUCAGAUCUUCGACACGAACAAAGAUGGAAAACUACAACUGAGUGAAAUGGCCAAACUGCUUCCAGUCAAAGAAAACUUCCUCUGUCGAUCAGUUUUCAAAGGUUGCAGUAAGUUGACCAGGGAAGACAUCGAAAGAGUGUUUGCUCUUUACGACAGGGACAGAAAUGGUACAAUUGAAAACGAAGAAUUAAAGGGGUUUUUGAAGGACCUUCUAGAGCUCGUGAAAAAGGACUAUGACGCUCAAGAUCUCGGGGAAUUCCAGGAUGCCAUCUUACGAGGAUGUGACUUUAACAGAGACGGGAAGAUCAACAAGAAGGAGCUGACUAUGAUCCUUAUGACGCUGGCCAAACACCCACCAGAUGAUGAAGAGUCUAAGUAAUCCAAUGAUGUUCUCGAAAAAGAAGCCACGUGGCCAUCAUAUAGCAUUUUGCGCCAUGGUUGGCUUUAUGGGGUCAAAUGACCUCUGACAUUAUAUCUGCGCGCUAAUCUUGAUUAUUUUUGCUCAACUAUAUACAUAGCACAGAGCUUUAUAUGAAUUUCGCUAUUUUUGGCCUUAUUAUUAAGAUUUCUAGGCAGCCGAUUGAAAAUAGUUUCGUAAAGUUGUGUACACGUGAAAACACCUGUAAUCAUGACAAUAACCCUAAAUAUUUUCUGCAGUUUUCCUUAAGUCGCUUUACACUGCUUUAGUUAUAAGUCUAAAUUAUAACUGAUACGGGAUAGCGGAGUUUUAUGAGGUGGUCAACAGUACAGUUAGUAUUAUGAGGUGGUCAACAGUACAGUUAGUAAAAUGUCUGUGUAACUGUAUAGUGUAGCGAUCAUCACCCCCCCCCCCCCCCGCCGCUACUACAGGAAACGAGACCAUUCAACGAUUCGUGAUGAAAAAUAUAAUAAAUUCAUUUAAGUUUAUAGAUAAACCACUCUCCCAGUACCAGGCUAUUUUAAGAUACCCAGUAAAACACGCGUCUUUUAAUAUUUCAUUAUUUAUCAAAAACUUGAGACUGGCGAACGGUGUGGAGGGAUGAAAAAUUUUCCAAACUCACAGCGCUAAAGAGGGAGAUAAAUAUGAUCGAAACUAGAAUUUACGACCUAACACUACUAAAGACCCAAACGUUCCAGUAACAACACUUGUUUUUACAUUGUCUCUUCCCAUCAAAUAAAUCUGUUAUAACAUAUAGUAAUCUGUACGCGCUGAAGGAUACGUACGCCAUUUUAAGAAACACCGGUGUGAGAUGGAGAUAAACUAGUUUAAACGUGCGUUCAUGAUUGUAGGCUUCACUUGUACAUCACCGGAUAAGGUUGCUUACGAGCUACAAACAGCAGGUUGUCUUUGAAUUUUGUUUAUAUAGCAUAGAUAACAAAGCUGUCGUGUUUCUCUAAACCUUCCUCGUAUUCUAAGAUUGACAUCAUGGGCCCCGAAGAAUGUAUAUGGUAUUUAUCGUUGCCCAUUUUCUUCGACGUUUAGUAUUACAGCUUUAGUAAAAGGCUUAUUUUAAAGUUGUCGUCGUUUUGUGAAAAGUUUGAUAAAAGACUGAAAUAAUAACUUGUUUUUUGUUGUUUUUUUUGUCGUUUGAAGUGUGUUUUACUAUGCGUAGUGGUUACUGUUUGCGUGGUUCUUUGUUAGCGUGAAACAGUAUAUUGUACGUAAUUUAAGUACAUAAAUGUUUACUAGUUAUAAUUAAGACGGUAGCUUCUUGUUUCUAAAUUUAUUCAUCACUAACGUAAAGGAUUUUCGUUAGUUCGUGAUGUAUAUCGAUACGAUAACCUCAAGAGAUGUGCAUUUCGUCCGAGAUAAAUUUAAACAAAAUAUUUAAAGCGUCACUCAAAUGUUAUAAAAUUCAGCAACAAACCAUACAAAACAAGAUUCAUAAACUCCGGUUUCGUUUCGGCUCGCAGUACCAAAUUUUCACAUGAUAUAGGCUAGCUGUAAAAUUAAUUGUGACCCUUUUGUUGUUGUUGUUGUUGUGAAAUUUUUAGGGUUUGUUCAUUUGUAAAUAAUAAUAAAUUACAAUCAAUAAAAAUUGUAAGUGCAAUGUUAAGCCGAUUAAAAUAUUAAGUAAUGUCUAAA